GUUGUUCAAUUGCUUCGACGCAAUUUAUUUAGUUUAAUGCACUAUAUAAAUAAAGGUGACUUGACUUGACUUGUGGUUCUCACUGACAGUGUCAGGGCGAGACAGAGGACCCAGAGGUGAAUGACCGGACUACAAACAGAGCCAUAGAAAACUAGAAUAAAGGCAGACUGCCGAGCACCGGCUCUUGAGGGUGAAUGCAGCUGCCAGAACAAAAAUGGUCCACAACGGGAGAACGGGUCCAGGGCUUGUCAGUGGGCUUACGGCGAGCAGGUGGCACAGAUCCACACCAACAAACUCAGCACCACAGAUGGCAAGUAACCAGACGAGCUCUGGCAGCAAGAGGACUGUACAGAGAACAGAGGAAAAACAUCUGAGAUAAACAGUUGAACCACUCCCUCUGUGAUCAUAUAUAAUCCGGCCCUGCUGAGUUCUGAUUUAUUGAAAACGUUCAUCAGACUCACCAGUGUUCAUCAGUGAUUUGCUCUUACACGGCAGUUCUACAUUAACAUCAUGGCAUACAUUUAUGGAGACAUCCUGAAAAUAGACACCACCGGUGCAUCAGAGGUGACAGCAAAACAGGACAAAUUAACCAUUAAGGGGGUUGAAGCCUCUAAAAAACUGGCUGAGCACGAUCUUGCCCGGAUGGAGAAAUACAAGAGUAUGAUCACUAAAGUUGGCAAAGCAAAGAAGAUAGAUCCGGCUGUGAUUGCUGCCAUCAUAUCCAGAGAGACCAGAGCUGGAGCCCUCCUGAAGAAUGGAUGGGAACCCAAAGGCUAUGGCUUUGGCCUCAUGCAGGUUGACCAACGUUACCACUCUCUAACUGGUACAUGGGACAGUGAGCAACAUGUCACACAAGCUACAGAGAUACUCAUUGGCUUCAUAAAAAAAAUUAAAGUAAAAUUUCCCGAUUGGACACAAGAGCAAUGCUUUAAAGGGGGAAUAGCGGCCUAUAACAAAGGUCCGGAGAGAGUCACUUCGUAUGAGAAUAUCGAUGCCAAAACCCCAGGACUAGACUACUCCAAUGAUGUUGUUGCCAGAGCCCAAUGGUUCAGAAGCAAGGGUUACUGAAGAACUGCAGUUACUGAGCUGUUAAACUCUUGUGAAAUAUAUACCGUGUAUUAGCUUCACUGAACUACUCCUCAUUGAUGAAGUUACUGUAUUUGUAUCGCUUAAACAUAAAUACCUUUUAAUAUGUAUUUUUCCAGUAUCUUUUGAUUCAGUUAAUAAUCCAAUUACUAAGAGCGAAAUUAGUUCACUUACAAAAUGUCUGUCUUGUCAUAAUCAUGAUAAAAUGUCCUUAUAUUCUACAUUGUUCCUGGGUUUUAGUCACAUGACCUGCACGGAAGACUGCAGAGAACUCAUGGUUUACACCAUAAUUAAAGCUGGAGAGAUGCAAGCUUUUGUUUACAAAUGUCCAAAGUAAGAUACGGUGUCAGUGGUGAAACUUUUAGAUGCUUCUUCUAAUGCAAU